UUUUGGUGUUGUAUGAUCUUAACCUGUUGCCAUCUCGUGGUUUUGAAGAAAUUUGCGUGUUACAUCUUCCAGAUUUGUAUAAGUGCAGCUAUGGACCAGAAGCCACCUGUUUGGAUGAAAAAAGAGGAAACAGAUGAAGUACCAGCUGAGCCAGUCUCCAUGUUUCCUGAAGACCCAGUAAUAAUUGAAGAGCCUAGUGUUGGAGUAAAACAAGAUUCAGAAUUGAAACAUGUGGAUGGCUCUGAUUUUCAUGUGGCAACCUCAACAAAGUAUGCAUCAAAUAGUGAGAGGUGUGCAGCAAGCUGCCAGAUUUUCACCCCGACUACAAAAUCACCUGCUACACCACUGGCAGGCCAGAGAGGAGAAGAGGAAUACUCCUGCGAAGACAUUCUACAUUCCUCCAGCCAACACACAUCAGUCAUCGACUGCCAACAAGGCUCUAAGAAAUCAAAGAAAGGCAAAUUGUUUUGUCCUUCCCAGACUUAGAGAUCCUUUUCAACGGCCCACCGCAUGAUACCCUCAUACAGUUGGCCUCCCUUUGGGUGGUGCACACCACCCACAAUUUUUCUCCCUUGGAAUCGGCAGGCUGACCCACGGAGAAUGCUGAUGCUUCCAGCCUGUGCACAGUGUAGCAGUGUGUCUUUGAAGGCUGGCACUCGGCAGCCACGGAGGUGACUACCAUUCGUUUGUUGCCUCCUCCCCAAUCCCUGUUAUGACUCUUCCCCAAUGGAACAUAGCAAGCAUUAGAUCGAAUAAUGAGGAACGCAAAGUCCACUUCUUUUCUGCUUCCAAGAAACAAAAUUGUGUCCUGGCGGCCUCCCACAUUUCCUUUCAGUCCACUUUGAUAUUCCCCAUCCCAAGGACAGCAGUCAAUCUCAUGGCGGAGACAUACUGAUCUUGCAGGAUGAUGUUUGUAACCAAAGCAUCUCAUGGAACACCUAGCUGAAAGCUGUUGCAGUCUGCAUUUUCCUUCAUCGUUUCACAUUUCUCUUUUUAAUGUCUACUGCCCUCCAUCAUUCACUGUCACCAGGGGAGACUUAAUUCAGCACAUUGAUCAGCUGCUCCCUCACCCCAUUUUGCUGCUUAGGGACUGUAAUGCCUACUGUCACCCUUCAGGCCUUUUGAGAACGUCUCCAAGAGGUUCCCUCUUGGCAGACCUUCUCAGUUAAAAUGGAGCCCACACAUUUCAGACUGACUGCUACAACUGAUUAUAGACACAGUUGGUAGCUUUCUAAGGAUGAGUGGAGGCAUUACCUCUUUCUGGCAACCUUCGACCAACAUUUCCCCAGCUGUGAUGAGCAGGUAAAGUAUCUUACAAAUGUUAUCAUUAUUAUUGCCACAGAAUGUUCCAUACCUUCCACUUCAUGUUACCUCAAUGUGUCCCACUCCUUAGGUGGACUCAUAUGUACGAUGAUGUGAUUCGCAUGCGGAGACAUGCUCUCCACAGUUUUAACAAUCAUCCUGUGAUGGUGAACUCUAUUCAUUACAAACAGUUGCAUGCACAGUGUCAUCGCAUUCAUCAUAGUACCAAAAGAGCUAGCUGGAUUUCAUUUACUCUUUCUUUUAACAGUUUCACUCCCUCUUUCAUGGUAUGGGGCAACAUCUGUUCACUCUCUGCAACCAAGCUCCAUUCCUUGAUUUCUGGUAUGACCAUGACUUUUGAUGUCAUUGGUCCCUAUUGCUAUCUCCAUCACCUAGGGCCACUACUUUGCGGAGAUUUAUAGCUCUACGCACUAUCACCCCACCUUCCUCCCUCAGCAAUGAGUGGAGGGGGGUUAACUGAUACUUUGUCCUCUCAGAAUAGUGAAUGCUACAAUCCCACCUUUACUAUGAGGCAGCAAGACCGUGCUCUUAAUUCAUCCCAGUCUUCUGCCCCAGUACUAGACGAUGAACAUUCAGAUGCUGCAACACCUUUCUCUCAUGGGAAAGCAUUUUCUCCUUUGUAUAUACAGUCACAUUUGGGCAAAGGGCACAUUUCCCGGUUGCUGGCAUGAAGCCACUCUUAUACCCAUACCUAAGCCCAGUAAGGACAAACACCUCCCUUCUAGCUACCAUCUGUUUCUCUCACCAGCUGUGUUUGCAAGGUGGUGGAACAUAUGAUUCAUGGACGGCUGGUUUGGCAGGCCAAGUCUCGCUAUCUCCUGACCGCUGCACAGUGAGGAUUUGGAAUGCACUGUUUGGCAGUCAUCCAUCUCGUCAGUUUUUCAACGAAUACCAUGAAUGGUUCCCUGCAGAAAAACGAGCCUGUGGCUAUGUUCUUUGAUUUGGAGAAAGCCUACAUCAGCUGACAUCAGCUGGAGGACUGGUGGGCUUCUGAGGCCACCUGCUCCAAUUCUUUAAUGAAUUUUUAAAGGACUGAAAUUUCACAGUACAUGUGGGUUCAGCCCUGUCAGACACCCGUAUCCAGAGGAAAGCGGUGUCCAGGAAUCUGCCUGAGCUUCACCCUCUUUGCUAUAGCCAUAAACCCUGUUAUUCACAGAUAGUGGAUCAGAGUACCUUCCUCCAUUUGUACUGAUACCUCAUCUGUUCAGAACCAAACUAUGGGUGUUUUGCGUGUUUCUCUGCAUGUCUCCCCACCUUAUGGUGUCUUAACAUAGUCCACCAUUGUGGAAUAUGCUUGGCCACUGACGCCUUUUACACUAGCCCGGUUGAGAGUCUACUCUGAAGCUACUGGGGCACCACUGUCAUACCAGCUUGAUAUCUUUCUCAGUGGAUAUAUGUCCUGUUCUUCUGUCAUGCCUAGCCACCCAUCAUAUGCCCACUUUUCCAAAAAAAGUUCAAAUGUGCGAGAAAUCGUAAGGGACCAAAUUGCUGAGGUCAUCAGUUCCUGGACUUAUACACUACCUAAACAAACGUACGCUAAGAAUGACACACACACACACACACACACACACACACACACACACACACACACACACACACACACACACACACCGAUGCCCGAGGGAGGACACGAACCUCCAGCACAAUCCAUGACAUGGCGCCUCAAAUGGCGUGGCCACUGCACACGGCCCCACUUUUUCAAUGACUGCCUUGCCCACCAUAUGUGGCAUGCCCUUCUUAUGUUACCUCCCGAAGUUCACUUUCGGCUAUGACUCAAGAGAUAAACUUUGUGGUACCUGCCAAUGUCCCAAUGGGUUCGAACCCUUCAUCACCUUGGCUUUGUGUGGCAGUCUGUGUUCAUCUUGGACUUCAUUGGCUUCAGUUUUAUAAGCAGGACCUACUGUAGGAAAAAAUGCAUAUAUAAUAUGUACUAAUAUGUCGUCAAGGUACAAAAGUCGUUGCGAUAUUACUCUCUACAUAAAUUGUACUGACUGGCAGUAUGUCGACUGGUUGAUUUGACUCAUAAAUUUUAUCAGUAUUGUGCACCUACUAGCUGUGCUAUUGAACAUUUAUUACUAAAGUCCACAAUAUUUCUGCUUUUAACUGAUGAGAACAUAUUAACAUUUGCAUGUAGCUCAAAUCCUUAAACAAAUUGUUUUUUGUAUACAUAUAAAUCAUCAAUCUCACAGUACCCAGGAGGUAUUGUUGCAACUCCCCUGCUCCGUAUUUAUUAUUAAUUCAGUGACAUAAGCUAUGCUUUUUAUAUUCCUAGACCAAUCAGUGAUAUAAUGCACUACCCUCUGCUGAGAUCUUUUGGAGGAAAGUACUUUUCUUUUUAAUUUAGACCGAUGUUCUUUCAGUGUUAAUGACAUUAAUCACAACUUUAAAUGAUGCAGAGAUUUGUGUACUGCUUGUUUUUAUGCAGUUUUUAGGAUAAAUAUGAGGCAGAAGUAGUUCUGGAGGUAUGAAUUAAGUUUUGGUAGUGCCUUAAAUUGUACACUUGGUUUCUGUCAGUGAGGUAAUGACACAGUUCUUCAGACAGCCUUAAGUCACUGAGACCCUUUUCUUGAAUGGUUUUAAAUAUAGGCCUUUGCCGAUAGCUUCCAUGGUCAUAUCAUGCAUUUCAGCUUCUUGUAAUUGCUUUUCAGCAUUUUCGGAAUUCUUUACUGCUUGAGAUAUGGCAGUGGCUCCCCCCUCCCCCUGCAAGUCGUCAACCAGUGGCUGUAAGCCCAGCAAAUGGAGGGAUUAGAAGCAGAACUCUUCAGCCAGAUGUCUUUGGUAUUGGUAGGACCCUGGGCAUUUUAACAAGUCGUUUCCUUCUUCCUUUCUGGUUCAAAGCACAUUUUGCCAGUCACCACUAAUUAGAUACAAUUUCUUAAACGUCUCAUAGGUCUUUUCUUCUACUUUAGUUUGAAAGUUAUUCCAGUACCCAACUUCAGUUUGACACACAUUGCCUUAUCAACCACUAAUGCAGUGAUACGUUGUCCUAUACCAAUAUCCUUCCCUUGACUUAUCUGUCUAGCUUCAUCAGUGAAUAUUUACUAUGUCAAGGGGCAUGCCCUUCUUAUUUUACCUCCCGAAAUUCACCUUCAGCUAUGGCUCAAUAGCUAAACUUCGCAGUAAACAAAUCUCUGCCUCAUUUAAAGUUGUGAUGUAAUGUCAUUCACACUGAAAGAACAUUGGUCUAAAUUAAAAGAAAAGUACUUCACUCCAGCAGAUCUCUGUGGGGGAUAGUGAAGUAUAUCACUUAUAUACACUUUUGACACAAUAAAUAAAUAAAAGUGAAUAUUUGGUCUGCAAUAUGAUAAUCUUUAUUUAUAGUGUAAACGUUCUUUGCAUGUAUUGUCCAAUACUUCAAAUCCUUUCUCACCAUAAGCUAGGAACUCUUGCAGUUUUGUUCAAGGGCCACAGAAAUUGUAUCCAGAGAUACAAAGUUUGAAUGGAAGAUUCUCAAGAAUAACACCUUCACCUAUCUAGAUAUGUUUCCUUGCAUUCAUGUCACACUACUGCAUGGUUUGAGGUUUACUUUCCUGAUUGCAUAGAAAAGUGUGUGUAUGUUCGCCCAAUAAUUGGGCUUUGUUGAGAAACUGAGCCAAUUCAACAAUGCCCUGUUCCCUCAAUGUCUUAGGACUUGCUCUGUGAGGAACACCUUCAGUUCAGAACUUUUCUGUAAUUCCUCUAUAUUCCUCUGUGACAUCAAUAGAUUUCUUCUUAAUUGUGUGCUGAGUAAUGCGGUUAUACUUCUCAAUAAUUUGUGGUAAUAUGUUCAGCCAUUUGUACAUACAUUGAAAACUAAAUUGCACCCACAUUCAGUUUUUAUCAUCGUGUUCAACAGUCUUGGCCUUCAAACGGGAGAUGGCUGAAUAGUCAUUAAUCCCAUAUUGUUCCAUUUGUGCUUUGAAAUGCCUAUUGUAAAAUUCACCUCUAUAAUAGGUUUGAAUAGUGUGGGGGAACUAACUUGUUCCAAUCUGCAACAGACUACUUGAUGAUGUGUCUUUCUAAAAGCUUGGAUGUGAUCAAUAAUAUUAUGUUCUUUUGACCUGCAUCCCUUGAAGCAGCUGAAACUGUAAACAGUCAUAAUUUAGCUAUCAUUGCAUUCGGAACAUCAUAAUGUAUGUACUCUGGGGGUAGAUUGUUCAGUCUUUAAUGCUGAAUCUCAACCAAUUUACCUGCACUAUGUGCAGCUGCUAGUGUUGAUUUAAUUGCAUUCUGGUAUUUGUCAUUUUUUGAGAUUUUCAUUAAUCCU